AUGUCUGUCACUCUCCACACAAAUAUAGGAGACCUCAAGAUUGAGGUCUUCUGUGAAAGUGUACCCAAAACCGCAGAGAACUUCCUGGCGCUCUGUGCAUCGGGCUACUAUGACGGCUCUCCCUUUCACCGCCUUGUACCAGGCUUCAUGGCUCAGACCGGAAUUCCUGGUAACAAAGGCGAUGGAAAAAAGGACAAGGACAAGGGCACUUCUAUCUGGGGACAUUCUUUCGAUGACGAGAUUCGCCUACCUGCACUGCGCCACAAUGCUCGUGGUGUCGUAUCCAUGGCUAACAGAGGCGCUGCACCUGGCGGCGGAGGCACGAAUGGGUCACAGUUCUUUGUGACGUUUGCGCGCGCGGCACAUCUAGACGGUGUCAACACGGUUUUUGGCCGGCUGCUAGGAGACGCGUCGUUUGAAACACUGGACCGGCUGGAAGCUGUGCCAGUGGAUAAGAAAUACCGCCCAAAGAUGGCGUUGCCAGAUGAGGCACCUCCACGUAUCGAGCGGGUGACCAUUCAUGCCAACCCGCUAGCCAAGUGA